AUGUGGGAUGUGGUUGAUCUUGGCCUGGUAUCAUUGGUUGUCAUAAUUGUGAGCCACUGGUUCUAUACAUGGCGAAACCCCAAAUGCAAAGGCAAGCUUCCACCUGGCUCAAUGGGUAUCCCCAUCAUUGGAGAGACCAUCCAGUACUUUAUACCCAAUCCUCCAAAAGAACCCUAUGACCUCCAACCAUUUAUCAAAAACAGAAUGGCAAGAUAUGGAACGUUGUUUCGUACUAGCUUAGUUGGACGGAAGGUGAUAGUAUCGACUGAUGCUGAUAUCAAUUACCAUAUCCUCCAUGAAGAAGAGAAAUCUUUUAUUCAAUGUUACACAGAGAGUUUUGUGGAGAUUGCUGGGCAUGAUUCUUUUCUGGAGCAACAUGGAACCAUUCACAAGUACCUUAAGAAUUUAGUUCUGCGCAUCGUUAGCCCUGAAAACUUGAAGCAAACUCUGUUAUCGGAAUUGGAUCGAGCUAUUUCCACUCGUAUGCGUUUAUGGGCUACUCAAGACAUUGUAGAUUUGAAAAUAGAAUCUUCAAAUCUGUUUUUCGAAUACUUUGGAAAGAAGGUCAUCGGUUAUGAUGAAUCGAAAGAUUCAAAGAAACUCAAACAGAACUACAAUGCGUUUCUGGAUGGACUUCUAUCAUUCCCAAUAAACAUCCCAGGAACUGCUUAUCAUGCAUGUUUAAAGGGUCGCAAGGAAGCAAUAAAAAUAAUCAAAAGUAUAUACGAAGAGAGAGAAACAUUAAACAAUGACCAAGCUAUUGAAGGUGAUUUUUUGGAUCAUGUAAUUGGAGAAGUAAAGAAAGAAAAUGCACUUUUGAGUGAGAAAAUGGUAAUAGAGAUGAUCUUCCUGCUUAUCUUUGGUUCUUACGAGUCUACGUCAACAAUAAUUGCCUUAGCAGUGAAAUUUAUUUUUGAUCAUCCUCAAGUGCUAGCUCAACUAACGGAGGAGCAUCAGAAGAUUAUUAACGAUCGUUCCAACAAGGAUUCUGGGAUUACAUGGCAAGAAUUCAAAUCCAUGAAUUUUACACAUAUGGUUAUAAAUGAAACAAUUAGGCUUGCAAAUCUUGUCCCAGGAGUCUUUAGAAAAGCUCUAAUGGAUGUUGAAAUUAACGGAUAUACAAUUCCCAAAGAUUGGUUAGUUAUGGUGGUUCCAUCAGCUCUUCAUUUGAAUCCUGAAAAUUACAAUGAGCCAAACAAAUUUAAUCCAUGGCGGUGGAAGGGAAAGAAAUUACAUGUAGGGUCCAAGACAUUCAUGCCCUUUGGCGGUGGUAUAAAACUGUGCGCGGGAGCUGACUAUGCAAAGCUUCAAGUGGCCAUCAUUCUUCAUUAUUUAGUCUCAAAUUAUAGGUGGACAAUAGUUAAAGGAGGAAAUAUCAUUAGGAAACCGGCUGUGGUAUUUCCUGAUGGAUUACACAUCAAAAUCUCAGAGAAGAACGAAGUUAAUUUAACAGAUGGUCUUGACGGGCUGGCUGGGGGGACUGUUGCCUUGGCAUUUGUUGGAAUGUCAAUUGCAGUGCUUCCAAUAUGUCCUGUUACAAGUGUAAAUAUUGGUUUAAGAAAAUUAUUGAAGGCCACGAUUGAUGAUCUCAAGAAAGCUUAUAGAAAGCUCGCCAUGAAAUGGCAUCCUGAUAAGAAUCCCAACAACAAGAAAGAUGCAGAGACCAAGUUCAAACAGAUCUCAGAGGCGUAUGAGGUUUUAAGUGAUCCUCAAAAGAGAGCCAUAUACGAUCAAUAUGCUGAAGAAGGUCUCAAAGGACAAGUGCCACCCCCUGAUGCAGUAGGGGGAUUCCCUGGUGGUGGUGCUACUUUCUUUCAAACUGGGGAUGAGGAAGUAACUGGAUUUUCUUUUACUGUUUGCCCAGUUGUUGUUUCGACAGAAUUGGCAUUUGAUACGUCAGCAGUGACUGUUGUCCCCUCUGAAGGUUGUACUGUCGGAUCCGUCAUUUCUUUAUGA